CUCUCUCUCUCUCUCUCUCCUUAUCGAUUUCUCUCUGCUCCUGCAGCUUCUCUGCUAGUGUGGAUUCUCUUCUCCAAGCCCUCGUUGAAAAAGAGAAACCACCAAAAGAAAAGAAAUAAAAAAUAAGGAAAACCUGUUUCUGUGGUCCUUCCUUUUCUGUAAGGAGGGGAGAGAGAGAAGCGAGAGUUUUGGUAAUCCACCGCCGAGGGCUACGAUCUUCAGAAAAUGCCGCAUCCGUUUCCCAAACGGAUUUCUGGAUUUCGCCGUGGCUGAUUUUAGAAUGCGGCAGUCUUCAUGCCACGACCCACCCGCGGGAGCACCGAAUCUCCCGUUGGUUCCCACCCGCUGCGGCGCCACUCGCCGCGUUACGCCCGCAGGCAGCAGCUCUGGCGCCGUCGAGAAGCUCCUCCCCAACGGCGACCUCUACACCGGCGGAUUCUCCAGCAACGCCCCCCACGGCUCCGGCAAGUACCUCUGGAAGGACGGCUGUAUGUACGAGGGCGACUGGCGCCGCGGCAAGGCCGCCGGCAAGGGCAAGUUCUCGUGGCCAUCCGGCGCCACCUACGAGGGCGAGUUCAAGGCCGGUCGGAUGGACGGCCACGGCACGUUCACGGGAUCCGACGGCGACACGUACACCGGAUCCUGGGCCGCCGAUCGCAAGCACGGCUACGGCCAGAAGAGCUACGCCAACGGAGAUUUCUACGAAGGCGUUUGGCGUCGUAAUUUGCAGGAAGGACAGGGGCGUUAUGUAUGGAAGAACGGAAAUGAGUACGUCGGUGAGUGGAAGAACGGGGUUAUUUCCGGGAGAGGGGUUUUGAUCUGGGCCAACGGUAACCGUUAUGACGGGCAGUGGGAGAACGGCGUCCCGAAGGGGAACGGCGUUUUCACGUGGCCUGACGGGAGCUGCUAUGUCGGGAGCUGGAGCCCCAACUACGAACUCAGUGGUACUUUCUAUCCCGGCACCGCACGGAGCCCGUUCUCCCCGCUCGUGGACAACCACGGCCAUUUCCCGCUGAGGAAGCGGUCAUCAGUCGACGGAACCGCUAGAGGCAGCGCAGUCGAGCGGAAUUUCCCUCGGAUUUGUAUCUGGGAAUCGGACGGUGAUGCUGGGGACAUCACCUGCGACAUCAUCGACAAUGUAGAGGCAUCGAUGUUCUACCGGGACGGGACAGGGCUGGAUCAUGAGGUUGUCAUUGGCCAGCGACGGCGGGGCCCAUGCUGCUUUUCUGGAGAGGCGAAGAAGCCCGGACAGACGAUAUCAAAGGGGCAUAAGAAUUACGACCUGAUGCUUAAUCUGCAAUUGGGCAUCAGGUAUUCAGUUGGGAAACCGGCUUCUUUUCAGAUGCGGGAUCUCAGGCCGGCGGAUUUCGAUCCUAGAGAGAAGUUCUGGACGCGGUUCCCACCAGAAGGGUCGAAGGUUACUCCCCCACACCCGUCGGUGGAGUUCCGAUGGAAGGAUUACUGCCCCAUGGUUUUCAGACAUCUGAGGAAGUUUUUCGGGGUAGAUCCAGCGGAUUACAUGCUAGCCAUUUGUGGAAAUGAUGCACUGAGAGAGCUGUCUUCCCCUGGGAAGAGCGGCAGCUUCUUUUACCUGACCCAGGAUGAUCGGUUCAUGAUCAAGACCGUGAAAAAAUCUGAAGUGAAGGUACUCAUCAGAAUGCUUCCCAGCUACUACCAACAUGUUUCUCAAUAUGAAAACUCUUUGGUCACAAAGUUCUUUGGCGUGCAUUGUGUUAAACCGGUGGGCGGGCAAAAGGUCCGCUUCAUUGUCAUGGGCAAUUUGUUCUGCUCGGAGUUCCGUAUUCAUAGGCGAUUUGAUCUGAAAGGAUCCUCCCAUGGCCGUAUGACUGACAAGGCUGACGAGGAGAUUGACGAGACAACCACCCUCAAAGACCUUGACCUCAAUUUUGUGUUUCGCCUACAGCGCUCCUGGUACCAAGAACUUCUCAGACAAAUCGAUCGAGACUGUGAGUUCUUGGAAGCAGAGAGGAUCAUGGAUUACAGUCUCUUAGUGGGUGUACACUUCUGCGAUGACACCUCGGCUGAUAAGAUGGGGAUGUCACCGUUAGUUGCGCCUCUUGGUAAAAGGGAAUCAUUUCAAGGAGAAGGAGCUUUAUCGCAAUGGCACAUCUUGCAAGCAGAGGGACAUGAAGCAGAGGGACAUGAUACGGACGUGACUUUGUCUGGCCGAAAGCCGUUGGUACGACUGGGUGCAAACAUGCCAGCAAGGGCAGAAUGCAUGACGAGAAGGAGCGAUUACGAUCAGUAUCAACCCUAUCUCUCAAGUGGAAGCGAAUCGACGCCUGCCCGUAGCAGCAAAGUUUCCCAAGUGAUCCUUUACUUUGGGAUAAUUGACAUCCUCCAAGACUACGACAUCAGCAAGAAGCUGGAGCAUGCGUACAAGUCCUGGCAGGCUGAUCCCACCUCCAUUUCUGCCGUCGAUCCGAAGCUCUACUCCAAAAGGUUUCGAGAUUUCAUUGGCAGAAUCUUUGUAGAUGAUAGAUAGCGAGUGCCAAGGAGAAAGAAAUCCCAACAAAACCAUUGGCCAUGAGGGAAACAGAAAAUCUGGAGAUGUCAUGGAUUUUGGAGAAAAAUAUUGAUCCUUAAUUGAAUGCGGGCCACACUCAAUAUGUGAAAUACAGGUGUUGGGCCGCGGAGUGGGAAUUUCAAAGAAUUCGGGAGACGGGCAGGCUAAUCUUUGGGCUGAAUUUUGGAGCUCAGCCUCGAGGAACUUGUACAUGUUUGAUGGGGGGAAUUGGAUUCUGAAAUUUUUUUUUUUUUUCCACUUUUUUGGUUACCGAAAAAAUAUAUGGGUCGGAAGGCAAGAGAGAGAUGAGAGUGUUUUGUUUAAUGAUAGAUUUUAAGGGGGUAUUAUUUGGAAUAAGAAAUGUACAGUGAAAGAUAGAGAGGGUGAAUUUGAAAAUUUUUUGUGGGUUUUCCUCA